AUGUGCUCAGCGUGUGAACAUGGAAAGCAAACCAAGUCAUCAUUCAAACCCAAGUCAUGUUCUAGCAUUUAUGUUCCUCUUCAUUUACUACACAUGGACUUGUUUGGACCUAUUCCUGUUCGUUCCCAAGGAGGAAAUAAGUAUACGCUGGUGGUUAUGGAUGAGUUUACCCAAUUUACGUGGGUGGCUUUCUUGAAAAAGAAAGGUCAAGCUGCACAGGAAAUUAUCUCACUGAUUCGACAAAACGAGACGUUGACUGCUCGACAACUCAUUUCCGAUGCUAAUGAAACCCUUGAGACUGAAGACUAUCCUAAAACUGAUGUUCCUUUCAGUAAUAACACUUCAGUGUCAAAUCCAUUGGAAUCAACUCCUGGAUAUCGAGAUCACCCUGUUGAUCAAAUUAUUGGGAAUCUUCAUGAUGGUGUCCGAACCAGAUCUCGUGUAUCUAAUAAUUUUUGCAUGUAUGUUAAUUUCGUUUCAAUGAUCAUACCUGACAAGAUACAUUCAACUCUUCAAGAAGCUGACUGGAGUAAAGCCAUGCAAGACGAGCUGAACGAGUACGAAAGGCACAAGAAGAGUCGUCCCAGCUCCAAACUCUUCUCCAUAUACAUCAAAGCCAAAAAUGUCGUUUUCAACCCUGAUAUACCAGAUGUUCAUCGCGGUCUUGGACUUGAUGAUUUUGUCAAUUUUUUAGUAUCUUGCAGACUUCGAUACGUUAUCAGUGAGGUUCCAUCAGAUUUCUUUCCCAAACAAGUAUGUGAGUUCUACUACACCGUAACGGUUAAUGAUGAAAACAAUGUCAUAUCCAGGACCAUUGGGCGUGGCCGUCGCUCAGUUAUUAUCAGCACUGAUCUCCUCAGUGCUGCACUCAGGUUACCAAUUUCUGAACCAUUCUCUGAGCUUCCGACUAUUGAAUGCUGUCGACGCCUCUUUGAUCAACUGGGCUAUGAUCACUCGAAGGCUGAUGCUCGAUUAGCUCUCAUUCUGCGUCAAUGUAUGACUCCAGGAUGGAAGUUCUUCACCAGGGCACUUUGCAAAUGUGUGGGUCACAAAUAUCGUAGUGGUGAUCAACUGAGUACUUAUGAGCAACAAGUUGUCUGUUCCCUUCUUCUCAACAAACGUCUUGAUUAUGGAGCCUUCUUCUUUGAUCAGCUUGUCCAACUUCUUCGUGCCAAUGUACGAGUUGAUCAUGUCCCAUUUCCACGCUGGAUUGCUCUUGUCCUGGAUAAAUUUUUUGCUGAAGCCUACUACUCCCACUCUAGAAACCCCAUCCAAUGCCCACGCAUGUCAGUACGAAUGUAUCAGGAUGAUCCACUGGAAAAUGACAUCGGCAUCUCUGAUCAAAUGCGAGAAUGGAUCGCAAAUCCAUAUACUGUUCCUUCACUAAGCACUGACACUGACGAAGGAGUUGCUGAUAUCAACAACACUAAUCCUGAAAUACAAGCUGAUCCUACUCAAGAAGGUGGACAUACCUCUCCUCAACUUUCUCACCAUACCAUUUCUGUCACUGAAAGGAUUCCUUCAGCUCAUGGGGAGCCAUCUGCUCAGGGGGAGCAACCAUCAUAA